AAACAUACGUGUAGAUUUCAAAAUGGCGUCAGUUUGAUCGCCUGAAAUAACUUGAAAGUGUUGCUUCGCAUUUCUCCACGAUCUUGGGGUUUUACGUAAAAGCGACCAUGUUUUCCCUGUAGUUACGAUGUCUCACCAUCACACCAUCUAUCAUGGACUGCUCACCCAAAUGUCGCCUGGCUAAACACGCCGAUUUCAACUUUUCUGCCCUCAUAAACAUCACACCACACGAUGAAGCUAAAGUUCGUGCGAUCUUACCCCGAUUUUGCUCCAAUUUUGCUCGAGUUAAAGAUCAGUGUGGUCGUAAUGUUCUGCACUUGGCGGCUUCAUGCGGCAAAUGCGACAUUUUGGAGUGGCUUGUGAAAGAAGAAGGAGCUGAUUUGGAUUCUAAAGAUCUAGAAUCGGGUUGGACUCCAUUGCAUCGCAGUUUGUUCUACGGUUAUCUUGAGUGUGCGGUAAAACUAACUCAGGUGGGUCUGGAAAUUGCAAUUAAGCAUCAUUAUUUGCAAUUAUAAAAUGUGCAUAAGUUAGGGCUCGCAUUCACCAAUAAACAAAAAAAAAUAAUAAUAAACAAAUGAACCAACGGACGCACGUCUGGUCUGCUGAUGAGGUUCGCACUACUGUGCCGGCUCAAUUAGUUUGUGCCGUUACAGAAAUCGAUUUGGUACUGAAAAUGUGAUCACAGUCAAAGGUUGUUUUCAUUACACUGAAGUAACUUUGAUGAUUAGUCGCAUUCAAUUUUGUAUUUAAAAGCACUUAAUCUCAUAGCACACUAUAACGCCUUUCACCCCCUCACAAUGAGUUGUAUGGAAAUUUUACCUAGUUUUUUAAAUGUUAUUUCUGUGAAGCUUGGCUCAGAUCCUAGUUGCCUUGACAAGGAAGGUCUCUGUCCAUUGGAUCUGGUUCAACUGGACUCACCAUUCCAAAUUCAGUCAGGAGGUGAGUGUACAUUAACAGCGAGAAGGUAAAUUUAAUUAAUAGUGUUAUUAUAGCAGGUCUUAAGAAAAAGCUUGAAUUCCAGCUUCUCCUUUGGGUAAAUUGAGCUUUCACAUUAAUUGUUUUUUCUUGCCCAGGGCAACUACUUAUACUUGUCUUAGUUAAUGAUUUAGUUGGAGGGUGACUAGCUUACUGGGACCUUUACCCAUCGGGCAAGUAAAAUUCAAAACUUUAAAGUUACUUGCCUAUUAGCAAGAAAUACUACUAGUCCUGGACUACCAGACAUGACAGGACUUUUGUCAAGCCCUGUAUUAUACAAAUAAACCCAUUCACAGAGAUGAGUAUAGGGGAGGGGCCUGAGAGGCCGAUGGAGCCACCGACUAAAGCAGAGUGCAUUGCAUAACCUUGACAGCCUUGAGUGGCAUCCACCCAGGCGCCGUCACUCUGCUAACCAGUAGAACCUAACAUACAUAUACUUACCCUUCCCUCCCUAUGGUAAGUAUGCAUGGUAGGGAGCAGAAAAACACUUGCCAGAACAAUAGCCACAAUCAGCAACCAAACACAAAUGUAGUGGCCUGACAUUGAGAGAAUAGCUGUAAAAAUACCCGCAAGCGGCCAGUGUUCUCCUUAUCAGGCAGUAACCGGUAAAAUGUACCACCUGAAGCAACACUUCUUACUGCCUGCAACUGUUUGAAGGUUUACUAAAAUUAUAUAAUUAACUGAAAAAAAAUACGCAAGUUGUGAUCCAAUCCAAUCAAGGAAAUUAAUGAAAACUUAUAUGGAAAAGUACCAAAGUAUACACAGCUUUUCUUGACUUUCUUACUAUGGGUCACGCAUUUUGGAAAGAGAGCAUUGAAAACAGAGUAAGAUUAUUGGAAUGAAAUGUUUUAAAUUGUUGUCUAGAGGUAACAAUGGUCGAUUUGGGUAAAAUAGGUCUAAAAAUUAGGGAAUGACAUUUCAAAGAACUUAGCUCCUUCUAGGGUGGGGCCAUGUCUCUCACUCCACUACCCACAAAAUUUAGGGAGAACACUGGCAGCCCCACAUAUCACUGAUGUUUGCAUCAGUUUAGCUGUAGGUUAUUAAUAAAAUACAGGAGUCACAUCCUGGGUCCGACUAUUAAUCUCCUAACAAUCAUAUGUAAACUCUCUUCUCAGUAUUUAAAACACAUGCAACUAUUAUUGUUCUAUCAGUGUCACUUUGAUUGACUUUCUAAAAUCUGGAGCAUCAUUUAAUUCCAUUUUUUAUUUCUUACAAUGUAAUUUAUAGUGCAUGCUAAAGUUGUUUCAUCAUACAAAACUUCUUUGGAAGAUGAACUCAAGUUAGAGGUUGGUGAUGUCAUAAGGGAUGUUCAUAUGACACAGGAUAAAUACUGGACUGGUGUUAUGAGAGGCAAGAGAGGACAUUUUCCAAAAGAUUGUGUAAAGCUUCUACUAAAAGGUAUUUGUGUCUUAUUCCUGUAUUAUUAUGCAAAUCACAUGUUUGCUUCAAACCAACUGUUUUUGUUUUGUUUUGUUUUGUUUUGUUUUUUGUGCAUGCAUGAGUACGCUACAAUCUUGGACAAAACUGUUGAGAAAAUUGCGUACUUGGGCGGCAUUUUUUUCUAAACUUCGUAGCCGACUGAUUCUUACCUCUCCCUUUCCCUCUGGAAGCAGUGUUGUUCGGUCUUCAAAAGAAAGCCGAAUCCCUAGGCAUUUGUACGUAGGAAGCAACUUUGAACUGGGGGAGGGGGUUUUCUUUAUGCAAAGCUGUUGAUUUGGAAAUAGUUUUGUUGCGUUAGGAAGUGCGCAUUAAUGAAAACAUUUUCUCAAGUAGUUUUGUCUAGGAUUGUAGAAUAAAUAAAAUUACAUGUAUUAUUUCCUUCAUUUUCUUGUUCACUCAUACCAACAAGAUAGUGCUUAACAAUAUCCAUUCCAACAGACCAUCAACUGGAGCUGUUCACUUGGGGAUCAAACACGAACUUCACUCUGGGUCACAAAGAUGAAAGUACAAGAUACACACCUGAAAUCCUUGAAUGCCUAACUGAAGAUGUAAAACUUUGCGUCAAGGAGGUACAAUUUUAUUGCCAGUAUAAACAGAAAAUUUCAGGACAUACAAGUUUGGAUUAUAUUUUUAUUUAUGUUUAUGCUAAAAUUAGUUGCUAUCUUUUUGUUUGCUUACUGGAUGUUUGCUUGUUUUAAUUGUGUCAGGUUGUAAUGUGCAAGUUUCAUUCUGUAUUCUUGAGUGUUGAUGGGAGAGUUUUCACCUGUGGUCAUGGCAGAGGAGGACGACUGGGACAUGGCAAUGAAAAGACUCUUCUGGUAAUUUUGAACUCGAUUGUACACACGAUACGAGUCAACUCUGUAACUUUUAUAACUGCUACUUGUGUUGAUACCUGCAAAUGUUAUUUUUUUAAACUUACAGUAUGCACCUUAUUUUUUACCAACCUGGAACAUUAGCCAGUGAGUUUACAUUGAUACCAGGUGUCAAAGAAUAAUCAGUUUGCAAGAUAAGGCCUUGCUGAAAAUUAUAAUGAUAACAUUUUUUGUCAAACAUCUACUGUACACUUUAAUUAUGUGCUGUACCUUAAUUUUCUAGGGAGAAAGGGAGAAAACAUAAUAAUUCUGUCAACACUUAGUUAAAUAGAAUAUUAAAGUUUCUACUUGUGGCAUAAUUAGCUAGCCAUGCCAAAGCAGGUGCAGCCUCUCCACUAUACAGUGUGUUCAUAUUCAUCCUACUGAUGCGUCUGAUGCGUACCAACGAACUUCACUGUAUAUUGAACUCACAGACUGAGCUGUAAUUAAGCUGAAUAACUAUAUUAUACUUUUUGUAGAUGUUACCUUUUAAACAAUUUUAUGUUUGCACAUUAAUCCAUUCAAAAUACCAGGAUUUACACUGUGCAAAAGACCCACACAACAUGGCAGAAGAAUGUAAAUUUAUUUGUUGACCUUGCUCUUGUUACAGGAGCCACAGGAGGUUACAGCCUUAAAAGAUGUUAAGUGUUUGUCACUUGCUGCUGGGCAGGACCAUACAGUGGUGGUUACAGAUGAGUAAGUGAUGGUAAAUAAAGAUGUGUGUAAUGAGAAGGAAGGAGGUACAUUUACUGUUUAGCUAGAGUGUCACAUGCACUGCACAAACAAAUAAAGACUGACAUUAGUCAAACCAGACUUAUGUUUAAUCCUGCCAACAUCACACAACAGUUAUUUGGUUAUGUUUGGGUGUUUUAAAAUGCCUUGUGUUCAGAACAGUUGAAUGGCUGUUUUUGUGGCUGCCAUAAUGUUUACAGUGGUUACCUCUGACCGAUAUAAGCUUGGGCACAUUUUACAUGUAUACACACUCCCUAUAUUUUUGACGUGAAUAUUUCUUAACAUUGCUUUUCCCAGUGCUUUGCAAACUAUGCAAAGUUUACUUCAGAAAGGUGUCAAAGAAGCAGCUAAAGAUAAGGGGUAGAUUUAGUUUGGCUUUUAGAGGUGAAAGAAGAACUGUAAUAACAUGGCAGUUUCCAUUUUAAAUCGACAGAAUGGGGACUCGUGUUUAUGUUAUUGUUGUGGAAGAAAAGAAAGUUUUGAAAUGAAGAACAAAUAGAGGAAACAAGCAGCUGGUUAUAUUUACCUUAGUUUAUAGUAGAAAUUCCAGAACAAAUAAUUCCUUUUCUCUUCGAAAAGCUAUCAUCUUCAAGCGAAACCUGAAAAUAUGAGAUUAUGCCAUCACUGGACUAGGUUUGUUUUUGCAUGAGCAUAAAAUGUCCAAAACAUUCUUUCUUUAUCAUGACAUUAAAGAAAAGAAAAAAUUCCUGGCGACCACUUUAUGCCAUCUGGUGAGCAAAAAUUUUUAUUAAGUCGCCAGAUGAUGCCUGUAUCAGAAAUUUAAUUUUGGACCCUGUGCCCCUUGUAUACCUAGUGGAGGACAGAGACAUGAAGACCUCCCUACUUACCUCCCUCCUGCCCUCUAGGUAGAUUUGACACUCUUCCACUGGCCCUGGAUGUCAAAACAUUGGAUAGCAACCCUCCAAGUUGCGACCAUCUUGGUUGCCAUGGCGCCUCAAAUUUUGGAGCUGGCGAAUUGAUUUGUAAAAAAGUCUCCCUAAACCAAAAGGGUUGGUUGCCAAAUGGUGCCCAAGCAAAAAGUUUAACUUAGAGGGCUGGAUAGUGCUAUCCACCAGACCAAUCACUAUCCAGCUGAUAAAUAGUAGGGAAAUCAAUAAGUGUUAUCCACUGGAUAGAGAUUUAUCUGGCCGGGGUUGUUCAAACGUUGUAUAGUGCUUUCCACCAGAUAAAUCACUAUCCAGUGGAUAAGUAUUAGGAAAACUAAUUGCGCUAUCCUCCUUUUGAACAAUCAGGGCCUGGCAGAUAGCACUAUCCACCUCUUAACAACUUGGGCCAGGUUAUUUCGGGUACAUUUGAAACCAAGAUGGUGGCUUGUGCAGAUAGUGCUAGAUAUCAACAAUCUUAAAGAAAAAGUUUGGGGCUGUGAAGUCUCUGAAUGCUGAAUAGCAAAGUCAGAAAGUGCACUAAUAGCUGGUGGCAAUUUGUUUCUCUAUUUCGAUCUAUCAUCCAGAACAACUGCAAUAAUGAAUUAGCUGUUUACACUUCAGCUUUACAAUUCGGUGUAAAGGGCGCAAGUGGAGGAGCUUGCUUUCAGCUGACCAACUUAGUAACACAUAACUCCAAAAAGUGAGCAACACGACAGCACAAGACACUCAAAAAAUGCGGAAACUUUUGUCUCCAGUUGGUUAAAAAGUUAUAACAUAAUUGUUUUGAUUUAUAUAUUAUUUUUUAUCUUUAGUGGCUCAGUGUACACAUUUGGUCUCAAUGAUUCUCAUCAACUUGGACAAGUACCUCCUCCAAAGCAGUGUCUUUGUCCCAGGAUGGUAACUAAUCACAUAAUUUAUCAUUUCGGGUGGUAAUUCUCCUUUUUUCUGUCUCAUAAGAGAAUUUGUACUACGGUUUUUCUUUCUGUGGUGUAAGAAAAGAAAAAAAAAUUGAUUGCAGUAAAAAUAAACUUUAUUAGCAAUGGGAAAUAGACCAUGAUGUGAGUUAAAGGCCCUAUUCACGCUAGAGGUGGAUUAUCCUUCUGAGACGGGUUAUCCGUUGGAUAAUUCGUGUCAGACAGAUAAUAUGUCUUAAUUUGAAAAUAGAAAGGUCUGAAUUUUGGAUGGACAACUCAAUUUAUCCAUCUGUUUUCCGUCAAUUUUGACGGAUUUUGAUGAAGGAUUGUCCGUCUCAGAUGGAUAAUAUGUCUAGUAGUGUGAAAAUGGUCAAUCUGACAAUAGAGACUUUAAGAGCCAAUGACGCAGACAGCAACGAGAACGUCAAAAAACAAUGGGUUUUAUAAGCAAAACAACAACUCUGCACAUGCAUCAUGCUUUUUUUACGUUUCUUUGCCUGUUUUUGCACGACUACAACAUGAACCGCUUUUAUGGAGUUAGUAACAAAAAACGACGAAAUUUUAUUUCUCUUUCUGAACUUGGAUAUGCCCUGUAGGAAUUCAACUCCAGUUUGGUUCGCCUACAUUUGACAAAGUAAGUGGGUAGGAAUAAUUGCGAUAAAGGCUGAAAGAACGUAAAUUCACUUUUUAAGCGACGUUUUCAUUGCCUUCGCGUCACUGGAUCUUAAAACCCCUAAUAUUAUUCACCUGCAGUUGCAAAUAAAGAUGUGGAAGGGCAAAGAGUUCAUUGGAGCUGCAGCAGGUCGUUGUCAUUCAGUAUUUUUCACUCGAAAUGAGGUGUACAGCUGUGGUUUAAAUGCUGGGCAACUUGGUAAGGUUUGUCCACUAUUACCUUGCAUUACCUGUACCAUAUGUUCAGCUGUAGCUUUAGGGUACGGUUGAUCGAUCAUAUUCUUGAAUAAUAAUAGACAGUUCUAAAGUUGUGGCCAAUCUCUGCAAAAGUUUUGGACCAUCAAGAUUUUUGUGUUUUACCAUGGAAUGGAGCAUACCCUUGAAACACCACUGUAUAAUUUAUUUCUUAAUAUGGAGACCUCCUAGUCACAGGUUUUGGCAAGGAGGGGUUAGUUUGUAAGUAAAUGGCUGACAUCAGAAGAAAAAUAAUGUUCCAUUUUUGUGCCAGUGUUUUUCCCAUUUUCUUGUUCUUGUUUUUGUUCUUUUUCCUUUUUUUUAUAUUAACUAGGAACACCCUAUGCCUUAAUUGACUUGGCGGAAUCCAUGGCUCCUUACUCUUCAAGACAUUUCUCAGGUUAUGGUGUUUUAAAAUGAAUCUGUGGUUGUUUCUGUCACAGGUCAUCCAAAAGGAGAAACGUACCAAAUGAUACCACGUCAGGUAAUUAAACAUUUCUUUUCACAUGCUAUAAAGAGUAAAGCUACUAGUUAACUGACUUUAUGUUUGGUAUUCCCUUUUGCACUUUGUCUGCCUAAAUUACAGGUUAGCAGUCUAGCGGACAAGACUGUUAUUAUUAGUAAAGUGACCUGCAGUGAUGCAGCCACAGUCUGCGCCACAAGCAAAGGAGACAUCUAUUUACUGAACCAGUAUAUUUGCCGGAGGAUCAUAUCAAGGUAUGGUAAUCAUCAAGGUAUGGUAAUCAUAACUGAUCUUCAGCAACAGGGUGGCAGAAAGAAGGGGAUGGCAAAACGUUUGUGUUCGGCAAAUUUCACAGGGCUAUUACUUUUGUGCCUUUUUUUUGUUGUUGUUUGCAGUCGUCACUUAACAUUGCUGUGUUCUGGACUUUUGCUAAAAAGUCUUUUUAAAGGAAGUUAAAGUUUAGUGGAAUUUCUUUUCAAAUAUUCAACAAUUUUGUUACGCUUUCACACGAGGUUUUGUCGUCUUCUUUCUUCUGCCAUUCUGAUGCGUAACUUCAGGAUUAUUUGCUCUCUCUCCAUAUACGCGUAAAAAAGCUUCACAUGUAUGUUCCUGUCAUUGCUUUUGGACUUCCCCGUUUGGCCAGUACACCUGUAAAUUGGUUUUGAAAACUGUCAUUGUAAAAAUUUCACGAUGUGGUAAAAAUACCAUUUUUUUGCUAUAUUGCAUGUAAUUUAUAGAUCUCUUUAAUACUAGUUCUAACUGACAAAAUUCAACUCAACUUUCUAUAAAUAGGUUUACUGAUUUGACUACCUUAGCAGUCACUGGGGGAAAGUUGGACGUGGCUUCCCCACAGAAGGCCAGGCAAGAGUUUGCUGAUGAGAUUACUGUAACUGUGCUCAACUCGAGGGGAACGGUAAGUCAUUCUUUUAACACAUGAGGUUUAUUGAUUUCAUGCGUGUGUUUAUGUCAUGACUCUUCCUUUUUUUUAACCUAUACUGUCCAUUAGAGUGACGUUGUUGUUUCCUCAGUCCUCUGUUGUCGGUUCUUUCUUGUCUGUGCUACCACAGUGCAUAUCAUACACAGUGCAAUUAUGUCCUUGAUCUUCUAAUCUUGUUAUGGCUCUUCCUAUCAUUGCAAAACAAAUAUGUUUACUUCCGCUCUUCCUGUCAUUGCAAAGCAUGUUGCCAGUUUCUCGCGUGGGACCAGGAUCCUUGGCGUUGAUGCAAGUCAAGAAUGUCAAGCGAUUACUAAGUAGAGACGGGGAAAGCUAAUUUUAGCUGCCUUCCUCCAAACGGAGAGUCGGUUCACAAGUUAUACCUUUCUUUUACUAUUACGUGGAGCUUCGUCUUUUUUUGCAGUCCUGUAAUGCACGAUCUCUUAUCACCCUCAUUGUUGCUGUUUUAAUCUUUAAACACUCAAAGUUACUUUUCGACUCUUUAUGUUGACACUUCAUGCCAUCGCAGUUAUUGCUGUUAUUGGGCCUUUCUACAUGUAUAUACAGAUAUUGUGUAGAUUAACAAUCUAUUAAUGCUGGCUCAUCCGACAUUGAGGACCCACCAUAUUUUUCUGCUCAUUUACACUUUUUUUUUUUAAGAACGCACCAGCCACUUUCUGAUGCUUUUAAGUGACUCUUCUUUUUAGCAAUCUUUGAUCCUUUGAUAUCGUUUUCAUUCUUCAGUAUUGCAACUUGCUGAUGUUAAGAAAAUUUAUGGCGCUAUCAGUGUCCUUAUAAAUCUGGUUAUUAAUUUACAGCAGUAAAAUAAAUUUGUCUCCUCAGUUGUCCCAGUGGAAACCGAUGUUUGGCUCACUGAGAGAAUGCUGUUGGUAUCACAACAGACCAAUAACAGGUUUUUUAGAACUUUAGUAUGCUGUUAAUGCUUUGCUUAUAUUCCUUUCCUUUUUAAUGUGAUUUCUAAUUGCAAAAAAUUCUUUAACAUCAUGUUAGCAGAUAGAUUUUUAAUACACGUCUGCACUCGUAAGGAUUGUUGGUUCGGUAGUUGGUGGAGUAGUUGGUGGACGUGUUUGAAGCUCCUUUAAUGGACUGGUAUAUUAACUCAGUUUGGUUAUUUUCCUUAGUACGAGAUUUUGCUGUUGGAAGGCAACUUCUUAUUGUGUCUAGUAAGUUGAAAGAGAUUUUCUAUAGGCUUGUUUAUUAUUUUCUCUUGUGUUGAGUCUCCAAUAGAUUUACUACUUAAGUGAUUACAUGUGGCAGCAACCGUCUAAUCUAAGUGCUCUCCUCUUACCAUCCGGAUAUUAUUUUUUUCUGUGAAAAAUAACGAGAACAGCUUUCUGUACAUACUUUGCUGUCUACUAUGGCGUUGCGGUCACGUCACGUCCUUGACAAUGUGGUUACGUGAUGGUCAGUUAGGCCUAGUCCAAACAUCAAACGUAAAAAAAAGGUUUAAAGGUUUGUUUAUAGUGGAAAGUGCACUUAGCUUAUGUAGCUAGUUUACAGGCACUCCACUCAAAUGCUUAGAGACAAAUAAUUCAAAUAAAACAUAACAUAACGUAGGGAAUGGUCAGGGAUUUGUUUCUGUUCCAGCGAAUGGUAUCCCGGAAUCUCUUAUGUUGCCCUUUAUCUAUCCUCUUCUUCUCAGACGAUGGUGAAGCUUUCGUUUGCCAGCCUGGUGAAAAGAGUUUCAGUCCAACGAAAGUUGCUUCCCGGCGAAAACCAUCUGUCUCCUCAACUUCGUCAGAUACUGCACUGGCACAAUCACCUCCCAAAACCACCCCACUCAGUAACUUUUCAGACGACAAAGAUACAUGUAUAACGCUUACAAAGUCAUUUUCUGACAGCACUCUCCUACGUUUACUUGUCAAAGAGACUUGCAAGAAAGAAGCUUUGUGGUAUUGCCUUGAAAGGAUUCCGUUCAUUCAUCGUGGACUACGCGUCUUUACAGACAGCAAAUCUAAAGGUUUUGCUGUGCUUCAGAUUUAUGCCAGGGAGGGGUAUGUUUUCAGUUCAUUGUUAGUUUUAUAACUAGCGAUUCUUCACAAUGUAUGAUUCACUUCCACUUCUGUUACUUGGUGUGCUUGGAGGGAAACUUGUAUGUGGCACAUACUUAGCGAUCGCACAAGAUUCAAGGUACCUCAUGCUGAGCUUGACGUUCUAGUCUGCUAAAGAAAUUCUAUUGUAUUAACACUCAGAUCUUCCUCUUUGACAUACAGUGAGCAAUUUACAGAGUGUGGCGAAACGAAAAUAGAGUAUUAAGAGACGGUUAUUGUAGAGCACCAUGUAUAUUAAUGGCUCAAAAUUGAUGCAUGAUCGAUUCGCAUUUGCUGAAAUGAAAUACGUUUUAUUUAUAGUCUGAAAAACGUACCCGAAGUGAGCAAAACGCAAGUUUGGAAAAACUUGAUGCAGCUGUUAGAAGAAGCAACUAGUGAAGAUGACAUCCAUGAUGUUGAGUUUUUAGUAAGUUUGUCACACAUGCAUCUACUUUCACAUAAUGUCAUUUUAUGAUUGAAUCAACUUGUACUUUUUAACUUUUGUUUAGGAUAAACUUUUGAGAACCAUUGUUAUGGGCUAGUUUUGGCAGAUUUAGAAAAGACAACGCGACGGCAGUGACGACAGUACGCGCAAAUAAAAAAAAAUGGGCUUGACCAAUGGUAGGGCGGCAAAUUGGGCACCGGAAGUCGAGUUCAGCAUUUUCUGCGCGCUUUCCCGUUCUCAACUGACGUUCCCGUUCUGUUGCUAAAUCGCUCUAAUAUACGGUGUCCGGUAGGUGAAAAGAAAUAAUUGGAGUCUUUCUUAAAGGACACGAUACCCUGUUGAACGGACUUGUAGAGUUAAACCUUGUGUUGUUGUUGACGUGUUUUAUAUUUCUUCGUACAAGUGGACCUAUUUUGCAUUGCAUUGGGUCAACAGUCUCGUUUCCAGGCCAAUACGCGUAAUGUGAUUAAGCGGGGGAGCCUUGGAACCCACCGCGAUAGCCAAUCCUCUACGAGACCAGAUUGACGGGUGACGUCACAUCCCGGCUAGCCACAGAGCGACUGGGUACGAGGCUGGCGUUUGGUUGAGUUACUUCCGUAAUACUUGUCAAGAAAAGGAGAGAAAAAAUAAAGGUAAAAUACACAAUAACAACCACAGCAUUACUCCUUUAGGUUAAAGGACAGCCAAUCGCAGCACAUGGAUUUGUUGUGGCUUCAAGAAGUCCUAAAUGUCGCCAACUGAUAUGCAAAAACAAAGAUACCAUCCUACAAACAUCAGUUAAAUCGAUACAAACCAUAUCAUUACCUGAGAAUAGAGAUUACGGCUUUGCACUCAGCUGGUUGAAACGGCUUUAUGGUGGUGAGGACAUCAGCGAUAAAGAGCUGUUCUCUAAAGACUUUUUUCCUUUGAGAGCCAAAAACGGCUUCCAGAGCAUUGGACAAAUCAAACAGGAGAAGAAAAUGUCGAAUGAAACAGACAAAACGAACAAAGAAAAGAAUGUUCAACCACAAAAUGAUAACGAAAAUAUGAUAGCUGGUCGCAUGCUGUCCGACCUUAUGUAUUUGGCGGAACGAGACUUGGAUAAUUUUGGAGCACCGACUUUUGAUUACGGAGACUCCUUGUUUGAUGAUUUUGAGGAAGGACUGGCUUCAUACGCAGGGGAUACGGAAGAAAUGAAGACAAAAUUACAGUCAAAUACGUCAGAUAGGUACAUUGACUUAGUUAAUGUAGUUACACAUUAUAAAGAACUAUGUCAAUUUGCUUUUAUGCAUGAAAAAUGCCUGUCGUUUUCGUCUAGGUUUCAUUUUCCUUAUCUCUUGCGUCAUUGGAGGAGAAAUCAAUGCACAGGCAAAAAUUAUAAUUGUAUUAUUUUCUAGAUAGAAAAUGAUUACUUCCUGUUUUUUGUCUAAAAUGUAUUCUAGUAAGUAUACAAAACAUUUCUCCGUUUUACUUCUAUUUGGCACGCGUUGUUUGUACGGCGUAAAAUUAAUGGUUCAAAAAAUUAAGAUAAUGAAAAUUAAGAUAAUGGUUCACUGAGUAGCCUCGACUGCCGGACGGCCUCUUGAGUUUAUCUACUGACGAUUGCAACAUACAUGUAUACGGCGCUCUGAUGGGCUAAAAUUUUACCGUGCAUCUUUUUCUAACCAGUCGGAGAGAAAAAGAAAACUAGUCGCCACCAACAGAGAGGAAAAGUGUGAAAUCACGUUAACAGGCUAGCAAAUUCCUGGAUCUCAACAAUCGUCUUCACAGAGACGUCCGUUUGCAUUGUCGAACGAUGGAAGAACGCUAUGGGCUACCGUUUUGUUCCUGAGAGCAAUAAUGCACGGGAAAGUCGUGCAUGUCAUUUUUUUUUUUGUCGUUUUUAUCUGCCAUAUUUGUAGGAACGCGGUUUGUUGAGAUAAAAAAUAAAUUGGUAACAUGGCAAUGCCACCGAAGACUUGUCUUCUCUAUCUGGUAAGAGGUCCCAACUUCAACGAUUGUAGCAUGGGUUCGAGUCCCGGGUUCGACGCACUUUGUUUGUUGAGUUUUUAGUUGUUUCUCUUUCUCUGGAUAUCCCUGCAGUUUUCAUCUCUCCUCAAAAACCAACAAGUCCAAAUUGCAAUUUCCAUAUAGAAAGUAUCACCAAUUCAAAAGACAGGGCCUCUUUGAGGGCCAGUGGUUCAUCAGUUCUUGAAAUUGACAUGUGUCACCCGCUCUGAACAACGUGUAAGGUAGUCAGACAGACAGUCUGCAAAAGUGUUAUUUUGUUGUCGAGAUAAUUAUGUUAGUGCGAGGCAGAUUUUAGUUACCCGUUAUAUGAUUAUCUUUAGUAUUAACUUUGCCGGACAUCAUAUCCGACCGCGGUUAAGAUUUAGUCGGACGUGCGCUAAUUUUCUUCAGACAUUGAACGAUGACCGACUGUUAUUUGCAGCUGAUUUGGCCAAAGCAGCAAAUGUCCCAGUUUUAGCGAAAAAAGGACACUCUUAACUACUAGUGAUUGGAUUGUUGUCACUCUUGUUAGGGAAGACAAAGAGGCUGAACCAUCCGACUGUCUGAAAUCAGUUACACUAUCUCGAUCAAACUGGUAAGAAAGUCAGGGUUUUUUGUAUAAAAAGGAUUGUAUGCUUGGUCUUUCUCAGCCUGUUCCAGGCGUUCAGAUUGUGGGGACGGCGCAAAGAGAUGAGUACUCCGUUAACACCGAGUACUUCGCGCCGUACUUGGUGUCUGAACGCCUGGGAAAGGCUAGGUCUUUCUUUCACAGCUUUGUUUUAAAUAUUUUGGAACCCGGUUCUUUUUAAGAGCAUCAAUUCGUUCUCAUGCAAUUUCGAUGUUUUCCAUUAGUCCCGAGCUUUACGAUGUUGUGAUUGUCUGUGAAGACGGAACUGCAUUGCAAUGCCACAAAUGCAUUCUUGUUGCUCAGCUUGGUACGUAUCUACUUUAGACUUGAUUUUAAACCAAACGUUUACUUAAAACCGAAAAGCAGGCAUUGCAUUGCCAGACGGAGAAGUUGUCUUCAGAACAUAUAUCUAAACACGGACCAUUUCCGCUUCUAUGUUAAAAAAAAAGGAACAGGUGAAUUUUUUUCUCUUUUUUAAGAGCUAAAGAAAGUUUUGUCCCAUUGCUUUAAUACCCUUUAUGUCAGUUGGAACUGAUAAAGCAUACUCCUGUUUAAUUUGAAUUUAUGUUUAUUAAAACACAACGAAAUCUAUCCGGGCUUGGCUUUCUAUCCAGAAUGCCCUGCCACUUUUAGUGGUAAUCUGAUCAAUAAAUAAAUUGAAAAAAAAAUUACUUUGCUAAUUGUUUUAGUUACAGAUAUAUCAUUGCAAUUCAUUUAUUUAUACUACUACAUGAGAAAUUUCUGCAAUUUGAUUGGCUUAGAGCAAUUUGAAAAUCCUACAUGUGAAAAUUACGAAUCUUUUGCGGGUAGUAGUAUAAACAAAUAAUAGCAUAAUUUGUACGUGAUAUUUGGCACUCGUGGUAUUUCAAAAUUGCUUCAAAUGUCAAGAUAUCACUCGUGGUAUUUAUGCAAAAUAUCACUACAAAUAAUGCUAUUACCUAUACUAAUUUCGCAUGUGCCUUUUGCAGAUUAUUUCCGAAGCAUGCUUGCAAGUGGCUGGUUAGAGGUAAUGGAACAACUGCUUUCCCUUCUUUAUCAGCCCUUUUUUCUUUAUAACCCGCAAGAACAGAUCAAUUUACCGAUCUUUAUGAUUUAAUCCACUCUUAGACUAGCCAGCAUUCCACAUCCUUAAAGCUGCCAUUCCCAGGUGAUGUUAUGGAAAUUGUGUUGGAUUUUCUCUACUCUGGACAACCAGGAAAAGUUAAAGGCGAGUUCUUUACCCGUGUCCGUGUUCUGCUGCUUAUGUUUCUCGGAAGUAUUUCAGGUGUACGUAUGACAAAGCAUCCUUCGCCUGCAGGUUUCCUUUGGUUUUAGUAUCUAAAAGAAGCGUUUAUAAAGACAACAGCAUUUAUUAAUAUUUCCUUCAGCACAUUAUAUUACCUGAUCUGAGUGCUGACCUGCAAAAUGGCAUAAGUGGUUCAGACCUAAAGAAAAAAUUAAAGAUAUUUACAGACAGUUGUCAAGAAAAAAAAAACAGAGAUAACUUUCCAAUUAGUUUUAUACAUCUCGGCUCGUUUUCCCUAGAAAUUUUGAAUGAAAAUUCUCGUUGUAGCCAUCCUUCAUCAGGCUUACGUGAGAGUGAUCCAAAAGACUCAACCUAACCAACUCCUGACUUUUAUGGUUCAAAGGUUUUAAGGUUAAUUUAACCAGGCAGCACACUAUAUAUGUACAAGCAGCGAAUACGUAAGUGAAUAGCUGAAUUUCACUCGGGGCCCUUCCUGAAGUGACUUCGUCCGAAAUUGCCUCUGACCUAACCUCGCUUCCAGGGUCUUUCUUUGAAGACAAUAUGCCUUGGAAACCAGGCUUUCCCUGAGCGCAACGUGAGCCUUGCUGAGCGCGGUUAGAGCGAUGAUUAGGAUAUUUCAGUUCAGUUCAGUUCAGUUCAGUUUAUUCACACUUGUAUACAAUAUUUACACUGUAUAUAUUUCUAUUGUCUCACUGCUAUUGUAUUUUUCCUUUACAGAAUGUACAGAUUUGGAGUUGUUGGGAAACAUUCUCAUUGUGGCAGAUCAGGUGUUAAGUGAAUCAAGAAUUUAUUUGAUCGUUUAAAAUGCUAUUACUAUAAGAGAAGAUUAUCUCAGCUGUAAAAUUAAAUUAUUAAAUAAAUACGAGUGUCACUAUGAACGCAACUCUCUUGUAAGUGGACAUCUUUCCUUACGUUCGCCUUGACAAACCCCUUUUCAUACGAUAGCCGUUUAUUACCACAACCAGCCAGUUGACACUUCUGCUUGCCGAGGUUGUUUGCUUAAAUUAAAUCCAAAUUAUUGAUUUUUCAGCUACUGAUUUGCCGACUGAAGGAGCUUUGCGAGGCGGUCAUGGCAAAUUUGGGUGUGUCCCUUGUUUAUGGCUUUUUUGUGUAUUUACUUUUUGUUUGUUUGUUUGCCUUUUUGUCACUUUUAAUUAAGUAUUUAUGAAAAUCUGUGUAUUUGUCUAUUUCUUUUUAUUAUUUAUGGGUUCGCGUAUUUGUACAUUUAUGUCUCAAAUCUAACCUCACUAUUGUGAAUUAUGGAAAUCUUUCUCUCCUCCUUCCACAAAUUUCAUAGUUUUUGUGAUGUGCAUUCAAGAAUUUAGACGUAGGUUUUCAUAUUUCAAGUGCCGAUCUUCCGAAUUAUAUCUCUUUAUUAAUCUUUACGAAUCUCACUUAAGUCUCGCUUCAAGAAAAUUAUUUCUUAUAUUGCACUUAAAUUAUUAUCAUUCGUUUAAAAAGUCUGUCUUUUUGUUUUUUUUUUUCAGUGACAUUAAGGAAUGUUGCUGAGGUGUUAGAGUUCGCCAUGCUGUACAACGCUAGCCAGUUGAGAGACGUUUGUACAGAGCUACUUACGAAUAAUUUAGCGACUGUUAUAGAAUCCAGGUUUGUAAUGUUUAAAGUUGUUUGCCAUUUUAUUUUUAUAAAUUCCGCGUAGAAAGUAAAUUCAACAACACUUUCAGGUUUUCACUGGAAACUCUCCAGGAGAAAGUAACCGAUUGAAAAUAAUUAAGUUCUGUUUUCCCUUUUCCAAGUGGGAAUGUCCCAGCUGCUAACGGUUCCACAGGUUUUGGCUAAACGGUUUAGCGGCUACCCUGCCAACAGCUAUAUUAAAGAGAAUAAAUAAAAUAUCUCAAAGUGAAAGUAAGUGAUAAUUUUCUUGUUAACUCUCAGGACGUUGGAUGCACUGAGCGAUGAAGCAUUGGCAGAGGUUUCGAGAGCUUAUCGGCGUUUGGUAGGUUUCCUUCUACAUUGUGCUUCUUGAUUCUCAUUGGGUUUUUUAGUCCGGGUUUUAUUUUUAUGGGUGCGGAACGUUUCUUGACCCUGUUCUUCCCGGGUUUUUCUUCCUAUUUGAUAACCAAGUUCACAAUCUUACAAAGAAAGCACAAUUCUACGUUUUAGCUAGCCCACUCUGGAAACUCCUUUGUCGAAAUUCUCUCUGUUACUUUAUUGUAUUCUACUUUAUACUUUACAUUCUUGACUUUUAUUUCUUUUUUAAUGAAAUUCCCUUUUUAUGUCAGGUUGCUGGCAUGGCUUGGCGUGUGAUAACCCCAGCAGAUAUGCCCGACUUCAUUUUCAAAGAAGUUUCUGAAUCGACCCCAGGAAAGCGAAGAAAGAGCGCGGGACGGAAGAAAUCAUCCAAGAGUGAGAGCGAACAAGAUGCUAACACCCGAAACAAUGUGCAAGAGGAAAUUGUUAAGACUGGUACGCCUGUGAUAACUAGUAAGCUUGCAUUAAAGGUUAAGAGGUUGAAGUUUUAAUAAUAGUGAAAAUUCGUGAAAAGUGCACUUAGCUUACACAGCUUGUUAACACAGGCACCCCACUCUAAUAAUUAGAGAACAAAUAUAGCAUAUCAGGAUAAAGAGCCCCAUCUGGCAGGAGACAACCAGCUGCCCAUUUACAAGCGUGGCUGAGGAUUUGAACUAUUCCGAUCGCGAACAAAUCCAGCAAGUGACCAAGGCGAGAUUAGAACCCGAGACACAAGCUCGCACGUUUUCAGUGUUUUUCGUUGUUGUUAUGGUUUUCUGUUGGUUGUUAGUUCAAUUUUAAGAACCGUGAUUAAUGCACUUGCAUAGGUCUUGAAACGAGCGUCAAGUACGGUGAUGAAGUGUUUGAUCAGCCAGAGAUAACCGAGGAUAAACCUUCAGUUGUCAACCAAAGUGACGAAGCUACUGCAGACCCGGAACACCCACAACCGGAUGAGAAACCAGUACAGGUAUAUAACUUGCCAGUUUAGUGUAGAAACUAUCAUGUAGGCAUUUGAUUGCUUAUUCCAGUAGCCCGCCUCGCUCUUUUUCAGCACCUUUUCGUUUUGUUUUGUUUUUUUGUUUUUUGAAGAUUUUUUGUUAAAAAAAAAGAAAGAAAGAAAAACUACCUUGUCUGUUUUGGUCGCGACAGUCCCCCCCCACCCCCCUCCUCCCUCCCAGCUGCGCAUUUUUUCUAGAGUGUUGUGUGUCUUAUUCAUUGGCAACGUUUUUUGGCCUUUUUUUCUGCUGAGUUUUAAGAUUUCUUUUAUGUCGGGGCUGAAAUACGUUUCACCAAUUUUAGUCCAAUACAGUUAAUGGUCUGUGGUAUCGCAAAGAUGCACCCAAAGUUAUUACCUCAAAGAAGAAAAAUCGCGAGAAAAAACAGUCUCCUCGCCGGUCUGCAGAAGAAUUAGAGGCUAAACAAGAAGCAAAGAAGGAGGUCAGUGUUGACAUCAAGGUGAGAAUAUGCGUUUUAGUGAAAGGGAUGGACACUGACUACCUCACAUACGAGACGGACACGCAAUCGAACUAAUUUCAUUCGCCAACAGACUUAGUACGAUUUUGUUGUGACUUUGAUUACAACUUUCUUGAGGUAUUUGUUCACACGCCAAUAAAAGGAUUGAUUUUCUUUGAAGGUUCCGUCGCUUGAGAAGCCAGUGUGGAGUAGUAAUGCGAGGUAUUUUUCUAUUCAUUUCUUUUUCGAAACCUUUCUUUCUUGCUUCCAUGUACUCAUAUACAUGCUUAUAAUUACGGCUGUCUAAUUAGUUAUUAUUUAUUAACUUUUUUUAAAUAUUGACUCUUAAACGUUCUGAACGUUUCUUACCUUUCUCCUAAUAUCUAGCGCAGCAAGUCCUCCCGCUACUAGUCUCAAAGACAUCAUUGAGCAGGAGCAGAACCAGGCUACCCUCCGUCUCGAUUCCCCGGAUGAGGUACAUUUUACAUCCGCCCUUGUGAGAUUCUACGACAACUGUACUUGUUAUGCACAUGAGUGUUCGAUUGGCACAAUGACAAUAGGUCCUAGCAUACAGCGUUUGUUAAUUAGAUAUUCCGUAACGCAAAAGCGAGAGUACGCUUACCCUUUGUCUCACCAACGCCCCAACCAUUUUCCAAAGUCUGAUAAAUCUAAGAUAAACCUGUGGUAUGCUAUUCUCUUUAUUUUUUCUGCGACUUCGGUGGUUAGUAUACUGUAUUGUCUGUUUUAUGAAUAAUGUGAUCGUCGUUUUUGAGAGAAGAGAACUUUGGGUCGUUUGUAUUAACUCUGUUAUUACAGUCGAACCUCGCCUUAUGUACACCUCUAUAAUACGGACACAGUUCUCUGUCCCAAAGACAACAAAACUCAUACAACUUUCACCUUUAUAAUUCGGACACCUCUGUAAUGCGGGCACCUUUGACAUCCGUAUUAAGGAGGUUUGACUGUACUGUCUUCCUGUAUUGAAGUAGCUUACAGGCGAACCUCUCAAAACGGACACCUCUCUAUUUUGCAUUCAACAGCUCUCUUUGCCCCAAAGACACCAAAAUUCAUAUAAUUCCUACCUCUAUAAUGCGGAAGCCACUGUAAUGAGGACACCUGGUCAGACCCCUUGAUAUCUAUAUUAAGGAGGUCUGACUACAUAUAUUUUUAUUUUAUUGAUUUUACAGAAAAAGUCCAUGACGAAGAGGACCUCCAACAAGAGCCCGCCGAGUUCAGUGGUAAGGAUUGCGACUUGACUUGACAACGUAUUACCGCUUGGCUUUGCUCAUUUCUCUACGAUUAAAAUCCUUUGUAAAUUUUCAGGUCAAUGUGAGUAGUACAAUCGGAAAUGUUAACCGCAGAUCGCAUUUCUUAUUCUCUGUUUAUAGAGUACGAAUGUCUUGUUUUCAGUUUAGGCACCAGUCCGCCUAGUGCUGCUCUUUGGUGGAAUUCAGGAGUCCGGCAAUCACAGAAACAACGAAAGAGGUCAAAGUCCAGUACAUCAGACGAAUCAAGCAGCAACCUGAAAGGCACAGAAGGGAAUGCAAGGGAUGUGACCCCUGACGAAAGAAAAGAUAAAGAAGCAGCUCCUGCAUGG